AUGAGAUCUCGCAGUGGAUCGGGGGUCCAAUUGGAUCGGAUCCUGUUUAUGGUGGAACAAACGAUUUGUCAGCAUCAAAAUGCCAUCACCGCACUUUUCGCAAAUCAAAAGGAUUUCCCAGGUCAUGCGUGGAUUCGAGACAAUGUUUAUAUUGCACACGCACUCUGGGCGUUGUAUAGAGCUUAUAUGAAAUGCGCAGAUUUUGAUGAAGAUCUAACAAAGGCCAAGGAACUGGGGUUUACAUGGUGAGAAUUCCCUAAAAAUUCUUUAACUACGGAUAUCAACUCACGAUUAAGAUUUUUGAUGAAAUAAUUUGCAUUAUUUAAAAGUUUGCCUGGUUGAUCACGAUCUCGUUUUCAGAAACGGUUUAUUUCAACUCUGAAAAUUGAGAAAUGCCUGAGAAACAGAAAAUGUGUUUGACGUCAAAUAGUUCACGUUUAUCCUUUUUUACUAUUGAAAAUGGGAAUUUCAAUUUUUUCUAGAAAUUUAGAAAUGAAAAUGCAUAAAAAAUAAAUGUUCACAUAAUAUUUUUACGUGACAAUUUUGUUUCGAAAUGUUCAUUUCUGAAUUUCCAAAUUCUAAAAAAUUAUCAAACUUUGCCACGUCAUAACUUAUAUUCAGAAUGGAGCUUUGCAGUUUUUAAAAACAGGUUCGUGAUCAACGGCAUCCUACUAGAAAACGUUUUUCACAAAAAAUCGCAUAGUUACCUUUCUUCAGCGUAAAAAUGAUGCAAUCUGUGAUGGAAUGUAUGAUGAGACAAGCAGACAAAGUCGAAUUAUUCAAAAAGUUCCAAAGACCUUUAGAUGCACUUCAUUCCAAAUUUUCUGUAAACACAAAAGGAACAGUUUGUGGUGAUGCAGAUUGGGGACAUCUUCAAAUGGACGCAGUUUCUCUUUUUCUUCUCACUUUAGCUCAAAUCACAGCUUCCGGUUUGCAAAUUGUUCGAAAUUUCGACGAAGUCGCAUUUAUCCAAAAUCUUGUUUAUUAUAUCGAAACCGGUUAUCGAACUCCAGAUUAUGGAGUUUGGGAAAGAAGGAGAUAAAACAAAUCAGGGAAUUCGAGAAUUGAAUGCGACAUCAAUUGGAAUGGUUAAAGCUGCAUUACAAGCAUUGAAUGAUGUUGGAGAUUUAUUUGUUGAUGGAUCACGUGGUUCUGUUGUUCAUGUUCUACCUGAUGAAAUUGAACAAUGUUCUGCUGUUUUAUCAAGUAUGCUUCCUCGAGAAAGUUUCAGUAAGGAAACCGAUGCAGCACUUCUGGGAAUCAUAAGUUAUCCUGCAUUUUGUGUAGAAGAUCCAGAAUUAGUUCAAAGUACCAGAGAAACUAUAACUUCUCGAUUAUUAGGAAAAUAUGGAUGUAGACGAUUUAUGCGAGAUGGUUAUAAAACUGUAUUAGAAGAUUCAAGUCGCCUGUAUUAUAAUAAAUCAGAAUUGCAACAAUUUGAAAAUAUCGAAUGUGAAUGGCCAUUGUUUUUAUGUUAUUUGAUUUUAGAUGCAAUGUAUUCAAAAGAUGAUGAUGCUGUUGAAAUGUAUUGGAAACAAUUGAAUAAAACAUUGGUGGCCAAUGAAGAGGGAUUUCGACUUAUUCCUGAAUUGUAUGUUGUUAGUCGAGAGAAUGUUGCAGCCGAGAAAUUGCAUCCUGGUUCUCAGAUUCGAAUUCCAGGCGGAGCUACGUAAGUUUCAAAAUAAUACUGUUGAGAUAGAUGGAGCCUUGAAAAAUCAAGUUCUCUAAAUAAAAAAAUCGAAUUUGACCUUGAAUCUCACCUCCCUUUCUCUACUGUAUAAUCAAUUUUCUCUAUUUCAGACCAUUUCUUUGGGCUCAAUCUCUCUAUGUAAUUUGUUGCCUACUUUACGAAGGUUUCCUUAGUCCUGCCGAACUCGACCCACUUUCUCGUCGAUUAUCAAUCUACGAAAAGCGUCCACCUUGCGAAGUUCAAGUAACAAUUCUAGCCGAAUCAGUUGAAGUUCAACGAGAAUUACAAGCGAAUGAUAUUCAUGUGCAAAGAGUUGAUGAAAUCGAUCCAGUUUUUACAAUUCUUCCAGCUUCUGCUUUAGGUCAUAUGUUGGCAAAAGUUGGCGAAUCAAAAAAAUUGAAUUUAUCCGGAAGACCUUUGGAUCGAGCAAUCGGAUUGUUGAGCACUUCAAGACUUUAUCAAAUUGGAAAUAAAUUUGUGAUUUUCACACCACAAUUUAUGGAUAGUCGAAGAUCGCAUCUUAUGUAUGACAUACGAAUUUUAACAGAUGAAUGGAGUAGUGAACUACAGUAUAUUUAUGCAUCUUGGAAUAGUGUUAGUAUAUCUGGAAGACCACUUGUUGUACUUGUUAUAACUCAAGGAAUGUUAUCAACUGAAGGAUUGUCGCAUUUUUCGAAUAUUCAUUUGAAUCGACACAUGAAAUCGACAGUGAUUGGUGCAAUUAAGAAAAUUAACACGGGAUAUUUGAGUGGAGCUAGGUUGGUUUUCGAGAAAACUCAAAAUUAUUUUGUGAAAAAUUUCUUCUACCUCAAAAUGUUUUUCAAAAAUUUCCAUUAUUUUUCCAGAGUUCUUAUGAAAGAUCUAUCGGAUUUCUUCCGCACAACCGCCGUCAGCAAACUCGAAUUCCGCGACAAAUCCGCCGAAGAAAUGUUACGAAGUGUAACAACGGAAAAAGUCCAAUUCACACUUCAUACCGAAGAUCAAAUUGAAGCGAAAUCACCGCGAACUGGAAGAACACCAACACUUCGAAGAGGAGAAUCAGUCAAAGAUCGAAGCGCAUAUUCAAUGAUUCAUAAAGCAUCAAUGAGACAUCGAUCAAUUGCAUUGGAUAGUAAUGAUACAGAUUUGAUGAAAUUGCGAUUGGCUUAUAAAGCGAUGCCAUCAUCAGAAUCUGAAUUGAGAACUUCUCCACCAACAUCUAGUAGUCGACCAUUGGGAUUAGUCAGAGAAAAUAGUUCGGGAGAAUUGAGACAACAAUUAUUGAAAACAACGAAAAAAGGAGCGGAAAAUGAGACACAGUGAGUUAGAUUUUGGGGAAGUCUUGGGUCAGGUUCAAUUCAGAAAUGUUCAAAAAACAUUUUCCAGAGGUCGAAUUCGAGAUAUCAAACACGAACAAAUGUCUGAAAUGAAAGCCGAUGAUUUAUUGGAUUUAUUAACUGAAACUACGGUUUUAGAGGAGCAAAUCUCAAUUAUUCAUUGUCUUUGGAUGAAAUUGUAAGUUCCUCUAACAUUUUCUGGUCAAAAAUCACAUAUUUUGCAGUGGACCAGAUUAUGAUACUGAAUUAGGAUGUCAAGCAACAACUGUUCGAAUGUUGAUGGAAGAAGUUCAUGCAAAAGCUUGUGAAGCGAGAGAAUGGGCAUUGGUUCGAUUGACAGCUGGAUUAUUGAAAAAACAAUUGGAAGAAUUGAGUAAAGCUGUAACACAUUUGCUUGUUCGACAGAAACAGAUUACGGUAGGCAGUUUUAUGACGCGGAAAUUAUUCCACAUUUUUUGAAAAUCAAAUUUACAAUGAGGAGUAAUUGAAAAACCAGCCGGAAAUUAUACGUUUCAAAAUUAUAAUGAAGUGAAAAAUGUUAAGAAAAAACGUUGUUUUGUUAACCUUCUCAAAAAAUCUUUAAUAAAAUUAUUUUUGCAGCUUGGAAUGGCAUCAAAAAAAGAAGAAGUAAUAACUUGUCCAAAAACCAACGAAGAACUCGAAAAAAUCAUGAAUCGUGCAUAUAACGAUGAUGCCAAUUCAUUUACAUUAUCCCAAGAAAUAAUUGUAUAUCUUGGCUCGCUUGUUCGAACUGAACCCAAAUUAUUUGUCGAAAUGUUCCGAUUGAGAAUUGGUUUGAUUAUUCAAGUUUUGGCAUCUGAAUUGGCUAGAUUGAGGAAUUUAUCAGGAACUGAAGCAGCUGAAAAAUUGUUGACAGUUAGCCCGUUUGAAUUGAAAUCAAUGAUAUUUUCAUUGUUGUCUGGAAGAUUAUUGGAAGAUUAUGCGGAUGAUGGAUUUCAUCAUGGAGAUACGAUUAGAGAAUCAAGAACUGGAAUUGGAAGUUUUAGAAGACAAAUUGAAGAGAGAAAGGUUGGUUUGUGGGGACGGGGAGAUUUGAGGAAAAAUCCGAUUUUUAAAAUUUUUUAUAAAAAACUAAAUUUUAAUUUUUUUUCUAACCGCCUAUUUUUUCAGUCUCUGCGAAAGUCAACACGAAGUGUUGGAUCUGGUCACGGUUUGAUGGAAAUUCCAAAAGAAGAAGAAGAGGAAGAAUUGGAAGAAGAUGAUUUUCAAUUUGGAAUUUGGUUGCGACAUCGAAGAAUUGAUGGAGCACUCAAUCGAGUGCCAACCAAUUUUUAUGCCACAUUAUGGGAUACUGUACACAAAAUGCCACAUGGUGUGAAAAUCAAUGAUACGGUUUUGCAUUGGGGUUUGACGCAAGAAAUGACGAGAAAAGAAAUUAAGUUUGCGUUGGAAGUUGAAGAAGCGUUGAAUCGAAUUGCUGAACCGGAAUAUAGAGAAGUUGUGCGUUUUUUUUUGGAAAAUUUAUUUUAUAGAAGUUUUCACACGAAAAAAUAUCAAAAAUUUUUUAUCAAAUUGGGUUUCGUUUUCCGUUUUCGUCUUCAAAAAAAAAAAACGCAAUAUGAAAAAAUUUGAGAAUGAAAUGAAAUGAUCCACAGUCUAUAUAAAUCUCUUCUAAAAAUAUUUUGAAACAGUAAAAGAUAAAUAUAUUUUGCAGAUAGUCGAGGCACUUUGGUUAAUUGGUCGAAUUGAAAAACUUGUAUUAUUGGAAGAGCCAAAUGUUCCACGUGAUCGACCAUUUGAUGUUGAUUCAGUUAUUCAUUUGGCAAAUCGAAUUUUCGUCGAACAUAAUGUUGGUUUUUUGGGUUUUUACAGAAAAAUGAGCCCAAGUGAUAGAGCUCAAAAAUUUUUAAUUGAAAAAAAACACGAAUAUUUUGACCUUAACACUCCUGAAAACUGCACAUGCACAGUUACAGUAGUUCCAUAAGUUUGAUGACAAAAAAAAUUAAAGUGGCGAAAAUUUUACAACGGUUCCUGUAAACCGAAUUUUUCUCGUGGCACUUUCUUUAGAUGGCAAAAUAGGAUUACUGUAGAUACAAAAUUUUCGCGUCGAAAAAUUCACGUGGAAAUAAUUGUUCGAGUACGCAAAUCCACAUGGCAAUUUUUCCUUAGCUCAAAAAUAUAAUUAGGGUAACAUACGAAAAAUCCAACAAGCCUGGUUCCCAAUUUUUUAUCUGAAAAUGUUUUGUUUUCUCUUGCAGAAACAAAUGGAAACAAUAGUUUUGGAAUGUUGUGGAUCUGGGAAAAAAUGCGACGGAGCUCGUGGAAUCUGCAAACACUUUUAUGAUUCGGCUCCAGCUGGCGAAUACGGUACAAGUCAUUAUAUUAUUCGAGCACUUAUGCAACUUUUCACCUAA